AUGGCUUUUAAUGGCUUUUCAAUUCCAAUACCAAAUGAUGUGACUGUUGUAGCUCUUGUUGCAUGGAUCUUUUACGAACUUGGCAACCUUAAAGAGACCACAGCAAUCCGCAUAUUUCGUGCAAUUGAUGAUAUUGUAAUUCAGUUUGGAUUUUAUUCGAGUAUCAUUCUUUCAUGUUUUUCACCUGGCACAUCUUGUGAAGAUAAAGAAACUGGGUCCAUAGAACCUGCAUCUG